GAGAAAGUGUAAGACACACCAUUCUUUCAUACCCCUGGCUGGGUCAGUCAUGUCAGCAGCACAGACACUGAGCCCCUCUCCUCAGUUCCUUUUGUUUGCUCUGUUGUUGAGCAUGUUGUAGGGCCCCAGAGUGUUGGGAUCCUGCUGUGCAUUUUUUGAGCCCCACCGCCCCCUCCUCUCUAUCUCUCACAUGGUUUUGCUCUGGUUGAAGUGAAUUAGCAACCAAAGACAUCAGGAUGGAUUUGGGGAGUCUGCAGACAGUGGUGGCCAACUCCGCGUACAUCUCAGCUCGGGGCAGUUUCGAUGGAUCCGCCAACCUGCAGAUGACCAGGGAUAAGAAAUAUCGAGCCAAGCUGAAGCUCCCUCACAUCACCCAGAGCGAAACGCUGAAGGAGCAGAUUGACUUGGCCUUCGAUAGCAUCUGUGUCAAGCAGCCCAUUGGGAAGAAGCUAUUCCAGCAAUACUUAGACUCAGUGGCAGAGUACAAACCGGCCAAUGAACUCUGGAAGGCUAUUGAAGUGUACGACACAGCAGAAGAUGAAGGUCUUCUCGAGAAAGCUCGAAACAUUAUCAGCAAGUUCUUGGAGUCGGGGACUGAGCUCUUCUGCAGUUAUUUGGAAGAAAAGAGCAUCUUGAGAGUGAAAGAGGACUGUGAGAAUGUCAGAGAGGAUCUCUUCAGGGAGUGCAAAGAGGCCACCAUGAAAUUCUUAAAGGAGGACAGUCCCUUCGAGCAUUACAAGGAGAGCAUGUAUUUCAUGAGGUUCUUGCAGUGGAAGUGGCUGGAGGCUCAACCCAUUGGGGAGGACUGGUUCCUGGAGUUUCGGGUCUUGGGGAAGGGAGGGUUUGGCGAGGUGUCUGCUUGUCAGAUGAAGGCCACAGGGAAAUUGUAUGCUUGCAAAAAGCUGAACAAGAAGAGACUGAAGAAGAGAAAAGGAAACCAGGGAGUGAUGGUGGAGAAAAGGAUUCUCGCCAGGGUGCACACUCGAUUCAUCGUCUCGCUGGCUUAUGCCUUUCAAACUAAAGAGGAGCUGUGUCUGGUCAUGACCAUCAUGAAUGGCGGAGAUUUGAGAUAUCACAUUUACAAUGUUGAUGAGAACAAUCCAGGUUUUAGUGAGGAAAGAGCCUGUUUCUACACAGCUCAGAUUGUGUGUGGCAUGGAACAUCUUCACCAGUCCAGGAUCAUCUACCGGGACCUGAAACCAGAGAAUGUGCUGCUCGACAAUGAGGGUCAUGUGAGAAUCUCUGAUCUCGGACUCGCUGUAGAAUUGGAUGAUGAUCAAACUAAGAUCAAAGGCUAUGCUGGAACUCCAGGUUUUAUGGCACCAGAAUUGCUUAAAGGUUUGGAAUAUGAUUAUUCUGUCGACUAUUUCACCCUGGGAGUCACAUUGUAUGAGAUGAUUGCAGCCAAGGGUCCAUUCCGGUAUCGAGGGGAACACGUUGAGAACAAAGAGGUGAAACGGCGAAUUUUGAAUGACCCAGUGACUUACUGCAACAAAUUUAGUGAACCAAGCAAGUUGUUUUGUGAGGCUUUGCUGGAGAAAGAUCCUGAGAAACGCCUUGGAUUCAAGAAUGAAUGUUGUGAUGAAAUAAAGGCCCAUGCCUUCUUCAGGAGUAUCAACUGGAGAAAACUUGAAGCUGGUAUACUUCCACCUCCUUUUACCCCAGACUCUAAAACAGUGUAUGCAAAGGACAUUCAAGAUGUUGGCGCUUUCUCAACUGUGAAAGGAAUUACCAUUGAAGAUGCAGACAAAGAGUUUUUUGAUGAAUUUGCAACUGGUAACAUCCCUAUCCCAUGGCAAGAGGAGAUGAUUGAGACUGGUGUGUUUGAUGAGCUCAACGUGUGGGGGGUUAAUGGUGGAUUACCAAAUGAUCUAAGGAGAGGAUCAAUUCUGGAAAUGCCUCCCUCCAAAUCAGGAGUUUGUUCUAUUUCUUAAACAAGGAAAUAAAUUGCUGCAGGCUCCAUAUUUUAAGGAGUAGCAUGGAUAAGGUGUAAGAUGAAGCAUACCGUUGAAAACCCAACAUCUAUAAGUACUGUAGUGAGCCUCAAACACUGCUUGUGACAUUGAGAGACUGCCAGAUCCUAGCAUUAGGCCAGGCUAACUACAGGACAUCUGGGCCAAUCAUGAAUUGCUGGGAAAUAAAAACCACAAGCUAUCACAGCAAUUAUGACAGUUGUGAAUUCUCUCAUCUGGUAAUCCCUCUGUUUAUUGCUCAUUUCCUGUUCUUUCACAUCUGCAGUUUAUCCUCUUCAUCCCAGCCUAAUUCCACCACCUCAGCUGUGAUUUUAGAAGGGGAUCCCUCAUCAGCUAGAACCUCUUUUUCCCAGUUGCAGGGAUGGCAGAUUCAGAGUUUGACCCCAACCCAGCCCAGGUUGUUACGACAACUGAGACAGCCUUGACAAUGAUCAAGCCCACUUCUCACGUUAUGAGGGGACCCUCUGAAAUGUGUUCUCUUGGGGGGGAAAAAAAAAGAUCCUUUCUCUUCAAUAACAAUCCCAACUUGAAUCCUGUGUCACCCACUCCAUUAACUCUAAUAGGGCCUACCACCAGCUACUGAAAUCUUUAUUCAACUAUUAAUGGCACAACUCCCCAACAACUGCAUGUCCGUCUCUCAACCGGAAAAUUGGGAACUCACAUAAAGGAGUACACCAACAUGGUUUGCAGAUGGCAAAAGCUUUACUGCCCAACUUCAGUAUUAGGGUCUGCCAACGUUACGCCAUUUCAGAAUUCCCUAUGUAGAUUAAGGGCCUCAGAGCCUUUAGGUCUCUACCUGCUUUACAAAAUAUUCAGAUCAUUCCCAAGAAUGUGACAACGGGAUUGCACCAGAAGGCCUGACGGGGGUGGUUGUCAGCCUGUUUUAAUAGGGAAAAACUGGUAAAGAUAAUGGUAUAGUGCCAGUAUUACUGGACAAGCAAUCCACAGGUCUAGGCUAACGGGACAAGGUCCAGAACCUACCAUGCUAGCUCAUGAAAUUUAAAUUCAAAUCAAUCAUCAGUGGUCAUAAAAACCCAGAACAAAACCAGAAGUUUCUGGAAAAGCUCCGCAGGUUCUCUUCAUGGAUGUUGCUAGACAAAAAUCAGAGUUAACUUUUCUGGUCCAGUGACCCUUCCUCAGAACAGUAUUGAGGAAGGGUCACCAGACUCAAAAUAUUAAUUCUGAUUUUUUUCUUCACAGAUGCUGUCAGACCUGCUGAGCCUUUCCAGCAACUUCUGGUUUUGUUCCUGAUUUACAGAAUCUGCAGUUCUUUCGGGUGUCAUAAAAACCUAUUUGGUUCACUAAUUUUCUUCAGGGGAAGGAAAUAUGCCAUCCUUCCCCAGUCUGGCUAACAUGUAACUCCAGUACCACAGUGAUAUGGUUGACUCCUGAGCACACUUUGAAAUAGGUCUCUGAACAAGUCUCUCCAGUUCCAGGACAAUUAGGGAUGGGCAACAAACAUUGGCCUUGCCAUUGAUGUGCACAUCCCAUGUGAGAAUAAAUUUAAAAUUAUUUUUAAAUUUAGAUUAUCAUCUAAGCGUUUCAAAAACAGAAAAGCUUUGCAGGUAAAUAGCCUACUAACAUUUCUAUAGACAGUUAAAAAUAUCAGCUUAAACUGGAAGAACUUUUAAAUCAAUAGCCUCAAUUUGGAUUUAAAGUGGAUAAAUUUUUAAAUUACGGGUCAAAGAAGAUUUUGUUUUUUCUCUCUCUCUCUCUCUCUCUCACACACACACACACACACACGAAGCAAUAGUGCACACAACUGUUUCACUCCAACAGCUGCUUAGGCAGAGGUUGUUUCUAAACCCACUGGCAGCAGUCUUACAAGGUGAAAAAUUAAACAGAUUGAUGGCAUUCCUCAUUUGUAUCCUGUAAAUUUACAGGUUUGGGGAUUGAAUUCCGACUAGAGAAACAGCCCUGCUGUCAUUAUCUCCCACUUGUCUAGCAAGGCUCUGUCCUCCAGAGAUAAAUGAGCUCAGUCUUCGUGGGACUACAGUUGGCUGUUGGAAUAAAGAAUUGUAAUAAUAAUCAGGAUAACCACAUUACCAAAACCAAUUGGUGGUAGCUUGUUAUGUGGUGUAAUGCCAGGUCAUUCCAUGUGCUCAAAGGGCAAUGUCAAAGCUGGAUGGAUUUAACUUAAUACUUGUAUCAACUAUUUCCCAUUUUUAUGGUGAAAAUUGUUACCCUUUCCAUUGCAACAAGUUAAUUAAAGAAAACAAACACAACAAUGAGAAGAUAUUGAAAGCUAGAGCAAUGUAAACCUUUUGUAUUUUGAUGGAAGACAGAAAAGAACGCGUUCAAGUACUUCUGACAUUCAAUAAAAACUAAUUUUGC